AAGUUGUCGCAAACUUUCCGUCAGCUUGACUAUUAAAAGUCAAACAAUAAUUAAGCAGUAAAUUAAUAAUUAUUCUAAUACUUGUUAGUGUAGUGUAUUGUUUUAUUGAUACAAGAUUUGAACAAUAAACAAUAUUAUCUUCACAUGAUAAAUUUAUAUUCGUAAUUCUUAGUCGUGAAUUUAAAAAAAUCGCAACUCAUAACCUAUCAUUUUAUUGACCAGUUAAAUGAAAUAUUAUGGCCGGCACUUAUAAAAAUUUUAUAAAACUACUGGAAUCUUGGCCUCUAGAUAAAUCUAAAAGUGGAAGAGAUUUGGGACACUAUAUUAGAGAACAAAUAAAACUAGGAUUCGCUCCUGGUAAAAUACAGACUAAGGCUGAAAAAGAACAGUGUGACCGCUACUACGUCAGUCUCCAAAGAAUAUCAUCAAACCAUUACGCAAAUUUAUAUCCUCGGAAGCUCAAUAGCUCGGCAACUUCUUUAAAUUCGGGUCAGUGUCAUUUUGCACUCAGUUCCGAAUUUUCGCAGCAGCUUGAGUUACACAACCGCAGUCUUUUUCAAAAAGUAAAAGACAAGUUUGCGAAUAAUGGCGACACAGAUAAAAAAGUUGCUGACAAAUAG